AUGAGGCUUCGACUCGAGAGCCCAAACCUUUACACUAUCGCAUGGAUAGCCGCUCUCCCCAUCGAACGAGCGGCGGCAACGGCGUUACUCGACGAUCGUCAUGACGCGCCUGAAGGCUUCCACCAGCAUUCAUCCGACGAGAACUCCUAUACCUGGGGCCGAAUAGGCGAGCAUAACAUCGUGAUCGCCUCACUCCCCGCUGGAGUCUACGGACUUGCAUCCGCUGCGACGACCGCACUGGACUUGAUCCGUUCGUUACCCUAUAUCCGAAUCGGUCUGCUAGUGGGCAUUGGGGGAGGCAUCGCUCGGCCUGAUGCGGGACAGGACAUCCGCCUUGGCGACGUCGUCGUCAGCCAGCCUGACGGUACGACCGGAGGGGUGGUACAGUAUGACCUAGGAAAGGCGAAAGCGGGCGGCACGUGGGAGCGAAAGGGCUCUCUAGAUAGACCACCUCUCGUACUUCUCAAUGCGCUGGCAAGUCUACAGGCGGAGCAUGAGUUCGAACCGUCCAAGGUACCAGAUCUGCUCCGAGCAAUGUUGGAAGCCAAGCCUUCUAUGAGACGGCCAAAAAGCGACUAUACGUAUCAGGGGGCUGAGAAUGAUCGACUUUUCGAAUCGCAACACGACCAUAUUGGCGGCAGCAACUGUGAUAAGUGCGACCCGACCUGGGAGGUGAAGCGUGACCCGCGAGAGUCGACUGAACCAGAGAUUCACUACGGGAUCAUUGCCUCUGGUAAUAAACUCGUCAAAGAUGCAGCUACUCGAGACGGUCUUUCGGGAGACACCGGACAUCAAUGUCUGUGUGUGGAGAUGGAAGCAGCGGGCCUGAUGAAUCGGUUUCCAUGCCUGGUGAUACGUGGGAUCUGUGACUACGCGGAUUCUCACAAGAACGAUCGGUGGCAGCGAUAUGCGGCUGCUGCGGCGGCAGCGUUUGCAGUAGAGCUGCUCGGGUUUGUCCCGGCUAGAGAGCUUGAAGCAACAGAAAAGGUCGCUAAGGCCAUACAAGCACUGAAACAGAAAGUGGACACCGUUGGCACCUUCAUUCGGAAAGUCGACCAUGGCAUUACUUUGGAUCGUCUACCGGUUGUAGAAGAGGCCUCUUUCGACUCUCACGCUGAAGCACACAAUCCAACAUGCUUACCAGGUACCCGGGUGCAGUUACUUGAAGACAUUUCUCAUUGGAUCGACAGUCCCAACUCGAAGACGAUAUUUUGGCUUGAUGGUAUGGCAGGGACUGGGAAGUCAACUAUAUCGCGUACUGUUGCUCAGAGACGACACGAGCGUGGUGAUCUGGGUGCCAGUUUCUUCUUCAAAAGAGGAGAGAUCGAUAGAGGGAACCUCACUAAGCUGGUGCCUACUCUAGCUCGUCAAUUAGCCUCGAGAAUCUCGGCAGUUGAGUUUGCCGAAGCCGUUAAAAAAACACUCGUUACCGAUCCAGAGAUUAUCAGGAAAGCUGUCGCUCAGCAGUUCCAGGAAUUGAUCCAGGAACCUCUUUCAAAAGUGGAGCCAACAAACACGACACCAUUAUCAUUGGUCAUUGUCAUCGAUGCUCUGGACGAGUGCGAGGGCCAAGCCGACAUAGAGCUGCUUAUCGAACUCUUGUCUGGUGUACGCUCCACGUCCUCCUUAUAUGUUCGAGUCCUUGUUACUAGCAGGCCCGAGCUACCAGUGCGUCUUGGAUUUCGUCAUUUCAACGACGAUAGUGACUAUCGAUACCUGCAGCUACAAAAAAUCCCAUCAUCGACUAUCGAGCUCGACAUCUCUGUAUUUCUUGACUAUGAAUUUGCUAACAUUUGCAAACGCUUUAACUCUUGGGCGAAAGAAGAGUUGCGAUUGCCAGCAAAUUGGCCUGGAGAAGCUGACUUGAAGACACUCACUAUUGCGGCCUCGCCGCUCUUCAUCUUUGCCGCAACGAUUUGCCGUUUCGUAGAAGACUCGUAUCUCGGUGAUCCGCGGGACCUACUUCAGAAAGUACUCGAAACUACGAGCAAUUUACAUACCUCGAGACUUGCCAAGACUUACUCGCCGGUUCUGGAACAACAAAUUAUCAACAAGUCAGAACUUGAGAGACACGAAAUUAUCAAAAGCUUCCGCCUUGUAGUUGGCACCAUCAUCACGCUUGCAGACCCUCUAUCUCAGCGGGUUUUAGCAUUGCUUCUUGACGUCGAUGUUCGGAAAGUAGCGGCAAGGCUCGAGGUUUUGCGUUCCGUUUUGGACGUUCCAGACAGUCUUGACUUGCCGGUACGCUUGUUGCAUCUGUCAUUCCGAGAUUAUCUGGUCACAGAAGAGAGUGAGUUUCGAGUGAACGAAGAACUCACCCACCAAAACUUGGCCAUAAACUGCUUGCGUAUCAUGCAUGGCAGUCUGAAGGAAAAUAUCUGUGAUCUGCCAUUUCCUGGUGCAUGCCGAUCCGAGUUGGACAGUCAACACAUCAAGAGCUGCAUACCCCCAGAGCUACAGUAUGCUUGUCUUUACUGGGUGCAUCACCAAAUUGCUGCGAAGCAUAAUUCAGAUAAUUAUCAACAGAUUGAUGACAUUUUGAAAAACCAUCUCCUCCAUUGGCUUGAAGCGAUGUGCUUGAUUGGUCGCUCUGGAGAUAUUCUUGAUAUGUUUGGAAAGCUAGCGAUCUGGCUAGAGGAGAGAAACCGCCAGGAGCUUCUAGCCUUUGUCAAUGAUGCGAUUCGAUUUACCAGAACGACCGUUUUGGCGAUAGACGAAGCACCGUUACAGAUCUACUCGUCGGCCUUGGCCUUCGCACCUAGUAAGAGUCUCGUCCGGCAAUCAUAUGACAAAAACGUGCCAAGCUGGCUCUCGGUAUUGCCACAGGUCAAGGAAGAUUGGGACGCGUGUCUUCUGGUGAUAGGAUGCCGGGAGAGAAACAGAACAAUAGCGUUCUCAAACGAUUCGACGAUGAUAGCAUCGGUCCCUGAUUCUCUUCCCGGCACGAUAAAGAUCUGGAAUACGCAGACAGGGAAAUGCCGGAAAGUGCUAGAAGGACACCGCGGCUUCGUGCAUUCUGUGGUAUUUUCGUAUGAUUCAACAACGGUGGCAUCAACCUCCAACGACAAGACUGUACGAAUCUGGAACACAAAAACAGGGGAAUGCGAGCAAAUCUUGGAAGGUCAUAGUGAUAUCACCAACUCCGUGGUAUUCUUGCAUAAUGUUCAAACGGUAGCAUCAGCCUCCUGGGACAAGACAAUACGGAUCUGGAAUAUACCAACAGGUGAGUGUAAGCAGGUGCUGGAAGGCCAUACCAACAUAAUUAUGUCGGUGAUGUUCUCGCACAACUCGAAUAAGAUUCUUUCGGCUUCUUAUGAUCAUACCAUACGGAUCUGGAACGGACAAACAAGAGUCUGUGAGCGAGUGCUAAAGGGCUACAACAAUUGGGCACACCCAACAGUGUUUUCCUAUGAUUUGAAGAUGGUGGCGUCAGCGUCAGCAUCUCAUGGCAGUAUAGUGCAGAUCUGGAAUAUGCAGACAGGGGAGUGUGAGCAAGCACUAGAGGGUCAUAGUGGUCGAAUCACCUCCGUGGCGUUCUCGCAUAACUCGCGGAUGGUAGUAUCUGCUUCGUCGGAUGACACGAUUCGGAUCUGGAACACACGGACAUGGAAGUGUGAGCAGGUUCUCAAGGCCCACAGCUCUACUAUCACAUCCGUGGCAUUCUCUCACGACUCGAGGAUAGUGGCAUCGGGCUCCUUCGACAACACCAUCCGGAUUUGGGAUGUACAAAUGGGGAAAAGCGAGCAAACACUGGUUGGCCAUAAGCGCCCAGUUUGGUCGAUAGCGAUCUCGCCCAGCUCGGAGAUGGCAGUAUCCGCCUCAUACGAUGGAACUUUACGGAUUUGGAACACGCAAACGGGGAAGUGUGAACAAGCACUAGACGGCCAUAGUGAAAUGGUCAAGUCAGUGGCAUUCUCACAUAAUUCGAUGAUGGUAGUGUCGGCGUCUUCCGAUCACACAGGACGGAUCUGGAAUACACAAUCCGGGAAGUGUGAGCAAGUACUAGAGGGUCAUACCAGCGAACUUGUGACAGCGGUUUUCUCACAUAAUUCUAAAAUGGUGGCAUCGGCUUCUUUCGAUAAGUCAGCACGGAUCUGGAAUACGCAAACGGGGAAAUGUGAGCAAGUGCUUGGUCACAGCGAAGGGGUCAGAUUAAUUGUGUUCUCGCACGACUCAAAGAUGCUGAUUUCGGCUUCUGCUGAUUAUAUGCUACGGGUCUGGUGUACGCAGACUGGAAAAUGCGAGAAAUUAUUUCAAGGUCAUACUAGCGAUAUCACAUCGGUGGUGUGCUCGCAUGACUUUCAGAUUAUGGCGUCUGGUUCUUAUGAUAAGACAAUACGCAUUUGGGACACACAGACGGGGGAGUGUAAGCAAACUCUCGAAGGUCAUACCGGUAAAGUUAUGUCAAUAAUAUUAUCGUACGACUCAGAGUUGGUAGCAUCAGUCUCUCGAGAUACAACGGCAAGAAUCUGGAGCACGAAAACCGGGAGGUGUGAAGAGAUUCGCUACGUGGAUACCUGCUCAAUUUCAGAUGUCUUCGAGCCUUCUAGCUGGAACGUUGUCGUCGAUGAUAUUUUGUCUUCCUCGACCAACCGUCCUGCAUUUUUCGAAUCUAAGACACCUUCCCAACAUGCAAAGGAUCUGAAACUUGGUUUGCGUAAUGGUACCUGGAUUACGCUGGAGGGAAAAAACUUGCUUUGGAUUCCUGCAGAUUUUCGCGAAUUUCGCCAAAAGGUUGCUAUCUAUGCAAACACAGUUGCGAUAGGUUAUAGGUCAGGAAAAGUUUUGCUGUUAAGGUUCUCAGCGGCACAAAUAGCAAAAUUGUAG